UUUCCUUUCUAACAACUGUCAUCCAAACAAAGAAGGGACACCGACAUCCAGAUUUCAUUCUUACGACUUCGCCUUACGAUCUUUCAUCCAGCAGCCAAAAAUAAAGUGUCUUGUUUUCUCGUAAGCAUAUACUACACAAGCUUUGCGAAUAACACGCCCGGCUCCGAAAUCUCUCUCUCUCUCUCGUUCCCCCCAAUACACCUAUCAUAACGACAAUUACGGAUCUCAUAUCGCAAUUACUACCCCUAAUCAUUUCCCUUCUCCUUUUCUUGGCUGAAGAAACGCAAUGGCAGCAGCUGUAGCGCCAGACAAUGAUUCUAUGGCAAUGUUGGCAUCAGAAUUGAGCACGGCAAUGGAUCAUUUAGAAGGCUCAGGCAUGGAAAGGGAACUCAAUACCUAUAGCAGUGAAUCCGGUUUAAGAUUAGGUGCAUUGCAUCAUCAAACAACACAAGAUGCAGAAUCAGCACAAAGGACCACUGCAUCUUCUCCUGUCGAUCAAUUCACUACGCCCAUUUCUCAUUCACCACAAGAUAGUACCGAUUUAGGUCAUUUACCCUCUUCAGACCUUGCCGAUACUUCGCAAACAACAAAUGCAACAUCAACAAUGAGCGAUGGAAAAUCCUCUGUUCGAAAACGUUCGGGGUCAGGGGCAGGUGUUUUGGCACGUUUAACGAGUAGGAAUAGCUUUAUCGGUUUGGAUAGAAUCUUAUCCAAUCAAUCUGCCGGACAAAGUUCAACAACAGAAACAGAAUCAUCCACAAAACCAAAGAUUGAUAAAGCAGCUUUGACACGUUCAAAAAGCAAAUACAAAAGCGGCGUCAAUUGGGACAAUCCUGACUUUGUCAACGCUGAAGAACCAUUCGAGGCUUCCUCUUCACCCCUCGAAGAAAGAAAAAUGGACUUUUUCGUUGAGCCAACAGAAGAUGCUGAUCAACAAGCCUUGGCAUCAGCUGGAGGUACAAAAGCUGCUUUAGCACAAAGUAGAGCAAGUGCAAUAGGUGUAGGUGCUGCAUUCUUUCCCGCUGCACAAAGAGCGGCCGAGCAAGUCUCACAAGCUACUCAACUUGCUGCAAUGCAAUCUUCAGCUCCGCGACAAUUUGGUUCAAGAACACCAAGAGGACAAGAUAGCAGAAGUCCAGAAUCUCUCUCUCCCGUACACUCUACAAAUCAUGGUGAAAUCAGCAGCUCUUCUAGAAUCUCAGCAGAUGGUCAAAAAUACACCACAGAACAAGCACAGAGAAUCUUACAGUCAGCCCGUGAUGCAGUUGUCAUGUCGAAUGCAGCUGUUAUGAGAUCGCCUCCUACACAGAACGGUCAAAGUGUUGAAAGUGCGCCUGUUCCGGAAAAGCCAACUGAGGACUCCCCUCAAGUCAAAGAAGACGUUGCAGCAAACAAAAAGAAGGCGAGAAAGUCGUUCAUGGGCUUCGGCAUGGGCAAAGACAAAAAGGCAAAGGAGGCCAAAUCGAAUACAUCCAAAAAGGGCCUCGAAAAGACUUCCAGCACAACGAAUUUGACAGCGGCUGAGCAAGGUGCCGCAUUGGCAUCGGUCAAGUCAGAAAGUGGAUCAGAUACUUCUCCCAAACAGGAAGGAUCAAAUUCACCAGACAGCGCAAAUGCAACAGCAGGAAGACGAAGACGUUUCAACGACACACGUGAGCUCAACUUGGUUGCCUCUCAAUUGGCUGCUGAAGCAUUGUUGCCUCCUUCCGCCGAUCAUAGCCGUCAUGCUUCCAUGAUUGGUGUUUUGUCGCAGAAUGGCGGCCACCAAUACGAUGUAAGUAACGGAUCUUUACCUCCGGCAUCCUCGUCAAGUGCUGCUGGAUUUUCCAUGCCACAACCUGCUUUUGCCAGUGAAGCACGUACGACAUCAUAUAAUGGCUCACCAAUAAGUGGAAGCCCACGUACGCAACCAACUGACAUUUCACGAUACGAGCAACCUCGUGCAGCUUUUGCCCGUUCAACACAUUCAACGUCUUCCCUGCCCGGUUCGCCCUCGCUUACACAAAGUGCUAAAUUGUCUGGGUUACCCUCUGAUAUGCUGACUGGCUUGAAUGAUGGACCUUACCCUCAUCUACCGCCUCGUACGUAUGAUCUGUCUGAUCCAUUUGGCGUUCCUAUGAUGCCGAGUGAAUUUGACAUCCCUUCGAUCAACCUUGGAGGCAGGAACAGCUUACCAAACACAGCGGCGCCAUACAGAACCAGAGGAAUGUCUUCCGGUUCAGCGGGACGUAGAAGCGUAUUGCAAAUGUCAAUGCACAAUCCUGAUCAAGAGAUGCAAGGUUUGACAAAAAAGCCAAAAUCCGGAAAGAACACACCUUUCGGCAGUCGUGCUCCUAGUCGUCAGGCUACGCCAAAAUCAUCCAAAACGAAUUUGCGGGAAGCUGCAAAAGAGGAUGCGGGUAAAUCUUCUGCACCUCCUGCCCUUGCAGCAAGCAGUCAAACGGUUGAGAGUACAGUACAACUCAAAAAGCCGGAAGCUUCGGAUAGUCAAGAUAGUCUCAAACCCGUUGCGCAAAAGAGCUCCCGAUUGAGCAUAUUCGGAAUAAAGAAGAACAAGUCAUCAACAGAAGUUAACAAAAUUCUCGCCGGAAAGGAGAACCAACAGCUCAAGCCGCCAAACAACAAUGGUGCUUCGUCAACAUCCAACUUUGGCGGGUCUUCUGAUCGACAUUCGGCUAGUAACGACAGCACGACGUCCAGACUCGGAAAUGACGCACGUUCGGCCAGCCUCUCCGCUCAGAGCUUGGUGAAAGUUCCUUCGCCGACGAUGACAUCGGGUUCGGGAUCUUCGCACGAACGUAGUGCGAUGGGAAGCGCUAGUGAUGGUAGCAAUUCGUAUGGAAACAUCAUCACCUCAACUGCCACCACACCCGAGGUGCCAAUCAGCAAAGCAGACGUCUUCUCCUCAUCGCAGACUCAAGGCAUAGGUUCACCUUUAGUUGCCGCUUUGGGACAAUCAAGUGAUCAGCAACCAACUCCCAAGCCUUCAACGCAGAAUCUAUCCAACGGCCAUGCGAAAACCAGUGUGACUAGCACACCUGUUCAAGCAUCUGCGCCAAUCUACGAGGCUUUAGCUACCAGCACGGAUUCAAACCCAAAGAAGAUGAGCACUGCAUCGCUAACACCCCAAUCAACUGGAAAAGCAGUCAGUAAAGAGGCAUCAAUUCCACCUUCAUCUCCUGCUAAAUCCAGCAAAUCUGUCCGACCAUCUCUAACAAAGAUCAAAUCCAACACAGGAGGCGGAAAGAGCAAAGUAGGAAAAUUCAUUUCCAAAUUUGGCGCUUCUCGUGAUGGUAAACAACAACCUCCCAUUCCCACAUCGAAAAGUCAAACGCAUUUAGAAAAUAAUCAACAACAAACUCUUCCUCCAUUGCCAGCAGAUGCGAACAAAUACGCAACUGUGAAUGGCAAGAUGAAUGCUUCCAAGGAUAACCUGAAUGGCGGUGAAAAAGGAAAAGCUCAGACCAAAUUUGGUCAAUUCCGUGCAAAUUUGCGGAACGAAUGGAAGGUUUGAUUUGAUUGGAUCGAUGGACAUUUUCUUAAUACUUGUUUUCAUAAACUCUCUCUCUCUCUUUCUCUUUCCCAUGACAUCUAUCGAACAAUACUUCCCCCCAAAUCCCUCUCAUCAGCACGGCGAAUAGCCUCAUUUUUCAAUUAAUCUCAUUUCAGAC